UAGGGCUUCCUCUGCUCCGAUCAGAGACGCGCAGUCGGCUGAGACCCCAGGAGCAGGAUGAUGCCCCUAAUUCUCACGACAUAUGUUUUAUGUCUCUGGAGUUUUACAGCGACAACAACGCUUUUACCGAGGAUGACGUUCACAGAAAAAGAGACAGCAAUGAAAAGGUUACCGUUACCCGGACACCACGCAUCCGUAGUGGUUGUCGUGGAAGGAGAGCCGGACACCGUGAUAACCGCUGGACCAAAACACCUCAACUCACUCAACUUCCAAAAUCCUCAGAAGCCGCCUGUGGAAAUACACGUGUGGUGGACGGAGUGCAUCGACCACGGGCCUCCACCCAGACUGAGAGCAGAUUGCAACUAUAACAUCACAUUGGUCCACAAGAGGGAGGAGGCCGACCAGCUGUUUCUGUGCGGGACCAACGGCAAGGAGACCCUGUGCUGCGACCUGAAUUUAUCAGAGCAGUCACCCGGGUGCCUUCCCUCGAAAAAAAUGGAGAAAAUAAAAGGCAGCAUCAGGGAGUUUGUGAUAAAGGAAGGUGAACCGUUUGCCCUACUGGAUUCUCCUGAAAGUGAUCUCUAUAUUACAUACUCUGGAUCUCAAGAGUAUGUUGGCAUCCAUAAGUUUGGGAAAAACCGAGUUGCACCGGCAAGACACAAUAAAGAGCAGCACUAUGUGGGUUUGGUGCUCAGCAGACAGAACGAACCCCUGAAGGGUCGAGUAUAUGCCUUCUACAGGGAGAAAAACAGAGACACAGACUUGAACAGUGACAUGUGGAUCCCUUUUGUGGCCCGGGUUUGCACGGGGGAUCGCGGCGGUCCCAAGAACAUCCUGCAGUACAGCUGGACGUCCCAGAUGAAUGCCAGGCUCUUCUGUGGAGACGGCGACAGCCGACAGCAUUUCUCUGAGCUGGUGGAAGUGGCCACUGUGCACGCAGACCAGUGGCAGGACACCAGGGUUUACGCACUCUUCAGAAAUGAAUGGGGCAUGAGUGCUGUGUGUGUCUACACCAUCCAAGACAUUGAUCACAUCUUCACAACCUCUCCAUUCAAAGGCGAGGACGGGCAAAGCAACCGACCUAGAGAGUGUGUUGAAGACAGCACAAAGAUUCAACACAGCGUCCUGAGGAUGAUCGAGACCCAUUCGGAGAUGGCGCGAUGGGUCCGGCCGGAGAACAACUCCGGCCCGCUCCUCUCUAAUCACCACAGCUACACCCACAUCCACGGUUUCCGGAACAACAGAGUCAGUCACCACAACGUCCUGUUCCUGUCUCUAAAUAAUGGAGCGAUUCAUAAGGUGAUGCAGAAUAAAAGUCAGACAUUUAUCAUCGCUGAGUAUCAACCUUUCAACCACAGGACCCACGUCAUCAGCAUCAGCCUCCACCCCUCCUCUGGGAAGCUGUAUGUGGGCUCCAGAAAUGAACUGGUCCAACUGAAUGUGGCAAACUGUGCCCAGUACGGGGACAGCUGUGAGCUCUGCGUCUUGGCCAGAGACCCCUACUGUGGCUGGAACGGCACCCACUGCACCCCCGAGACAGAUGGCACGCUGCAGGAUCUGACCCAUGGGAACCAUGCCGUCUGCUUGCUCGUGUCGAAGGUUCAGCUCCCUGAAAAAGUGUUUCGAGGUUCCACUGCAACACAUGCAGACGAGGCCCCGGUCAGCGUCACUCUUUCCCCCGAGUCCAAGUAUUUCCUCCGGUGCCCGUUGUCGUCCCAUCACGCCCAAUAUAGCUGGCGUCACCUUGGAAGCAGCACGCGGUGCAGCUGGAGGGAGCAGCAGUGCCUCCUCCUCAUCGACAGCAUGGGGCCCGAGCAGGCGGGAGCGUACACAUGUGAGUCGGAGGAGAUGGGCCACAGGAGAGUGCUGGCGCAGUACCGACUACAGCUGGAGGGCCGGGCGGCGGGCCCUUCAUCGAGCCGACUGAUCUGGCUUUGUCUCUUGGCUGUUCUGGUCAAGAGUUUGUCCUGAGUAGAGAAGAUGGAAGGAAAACCACGGCAAUAAACUGUCUGUCAUCGUAAGACAGCUAGGGCCGCGAGCUAACAUUAAAAACCUUUAUUUUGUUACCACAGGUCCUGAUAGUUUCCUUUGAUUUAACUCACAAAAUGUGCUCCACUUGUGCAUUCGUGAAUCAGCGUUGCUUUCAACCGAGAAGACAUCGAUAAAGAAAACGGAUGUCCCAAUCUAGCUUUGGACAUAAGUCCUCGCCCUCAAAUGCACUUUCUGAAUAAUGUUAAGUCGAAAAGACAUAAAAGUUCAAAUGUUCCUCAUCUAGCAUCUCUGAAUCCGUUGACAUGUCCGCUGCACACAAACAGCCGGUGUACCGUUAAGACUGAUGUGAAUUCACAUUUUAUCAGCCCAGUUAAAUCUUAAUGUUUUGAUUGCAUUAAAAGUGUAAUCUCAAAGCAAACCCACACGUAUGGGUGGAAGUGGUAUUGUAACGGGUAAAAGAUAACCUCCUCGCAAGGUUUCCACACCAGAAAUAUUUAAUCUGUAUAUUAGUUAAGACCAGCAUAAUAAAAAAUAAUAUUGACAAAUGUCUCCGUUAAUGGGACUUUCAAAUUUCAGCACCGUGUCGAACAAAAGUCAGCAAGAGGUUCCUCUUGCUUUGUGCUUGGACUUAGUCUCUCCCUCCCGCUACCAUCUUUGGGGUAAGAAAUACAUGCAGAGCUGCAACUGGGGUUACUGGGACUAUUAUGAAUUGUGUUUAAGUUAUUUUGAAAUACUCACACUUUGCUUUACUGAGAAAUUGUGCCCGGAUGAGAGGACAUUCUGUCCUUGCUGUAAUUUCCUACCUCAGACUUGGCCAACACGCUUUGAGCAACGCACUGUAUGUCAAGACGUCUCUGCUUGAUACUCUUAGAACUUUAUUUACUGUAAUAAACAUAUGUAUUUAA